AUGCCUCCGGCUGAUGGGGAGGCCGCAGACGGCGAGAAGGAGAACGAUGCUGCGGAGGAGGGAGCGGCGGGAGAGGAAGGGGAAGGACUGGAAUUGAAGCUGGAGAAGAAGAAAAAGAAGAAGCCGAAGCAGCGCACGGAGGAGGAGGUGGUGGAGGCGGAGGAACACGCCAAGGCCGCUGAGGAGGACGAGGAGGAGGAUGAUGAGGAGGGCGCUGGGGAGGGGGAGGAGGAUGAGGAGGCGGAGGGGAUCGAGCUGGGAGGUCCCACGAAGCUUCCAUGGGAGGGGACUGACCGGGAUUACAAAUAUGAAGAGCUGCUGGGUCGUGUGUUCAACAUCCUGAGGGAGAACAACCCUGAGCUGGCUGGAGACCGUCGCCGAACCAUCAUGCGCCCUCCCCAGGUGCUGCGAGAAGGAACCAAGAAGACUGUUUUCGCCAACUUCAUGGACCUCUGUAAAACCAUGCAUCGGCAGCCGGAGCACGUGAUGGCAUUCCUCUUGGCUGAGCUGGGAACCAGCGGGUCUCUUGAUGGGCAGCAGCGGUUGAUUGUGAAGGGACGUUUCGCGCCCAAGAAUUUUGAGGGCAUUCUGAGGCGAUACGUCAAUGAGUAUGUGCUGUGCAAUGGCUGCAAGUCACCAGACACCAUUCUCUCCAAGGAGAACCGACUCUUCUUCCUGCGAUGCGAACAGUGUGGCUCGCAUCGUUCUGUCGCACCCAUCAAGGCUGGUUUCGUGGCUCGCGUUGGCCGCCGCAAGGCCAUCAAGGCCUGA